AUGUCGUCUAGAGACAAGUGGGUUCGCCGGUUUGCCGUAGACGAAACAGCAAAACAUAAAAAUGGAUUUACUAUUUAUAAAAUUACUUCUGUGCUAUUCCCGAUUGAGUCUCCAGAGGCAGUGACAGUAGUAUCCGUAUGGAAGAGGUACAGCGAUGUGCAGAGGUUGCAUCGCGCCAUACGAGCACUCCACUCCGGGUUACACUUACGAGGCAGCUUCCCUGUUCUGCCAAAGAAUAGUUACUUCAAGAGAUUCCAGUUGGAGGUUAUAGAAGAAAGGGCGAAAUCAAUCAAAACCUUGCUAGAGUUUAUCGCUGAACAUCGUUUGCUGUUCACUAGUACUGACUUUGUGAAUUUUCUUCAAACAGGUUACCCAGAACCGAUGCCACGAGGUGGGGUAAUUAAUGCAAUCAGGUCAUCACUGCACUUGCCCAUAGAAGAAACACCGCCUCUGGAGUACCAGACAUCAGACGAUGAGACCAAAAGCCCUACUCAUAGUGCGAGAACACCAGAAGCUACGGAUGGUACCACAAACCCCACCUCAGAUAACAAUGAAGAGUUAGAUGUAUCCCAAAUCCCAAUAUACGAGGCAGCCAACGUUGAAAUUCGUGAAUCGCCGCAACACAAAAUAUCAAAGGCGGACAGCUUCGAAUCGAUCACGUCUAUCGACAGUAUCAAUAGUGAUUUCUAUGAUGAAUUGAGCAAAGUAACCAUAGAGAACACCAAACCAAGCGUGAAGACCAAGACUGUGUUACCCGAUCUCAUUAACUUCGACGCGCCGUCUACUUCCCAUACUUCGAGGUUCGAAGACUAUCACACAAUGAGGAGGAACAUAACCGAUUCGGAGACAGUAUCGAUAAACUCGACAUGCGAUGACUUUAGUUCUACGUCCCCGUCUAACCUUGUGCGUGUGAAGGAGAUGGAGAAUAGUUACGUGUUCGAAAGCCCGUUAUUUGAUGUCGGUGCUUCGUCUCUUUCUAACUUAACGGGUGGGAAAGACACGGACGAUGACGAUACGUCGAUGUGCGCUGGAAGUGUUGCGUCUUCGAAAUUGAGGCGUGGGAGAGAGACAGACUGUGCGUCAGAUACGUCGUCGAUAUAUGAGGGGUUCGUGUCGUCGUCUCUGUCUAAUGUGGGGCGUGUAAAAGAGACGGAAGACAGUUACGUGUUUGAGGCGGGUUACUUGUUGGCGAUGGGUGCCCGUUGUGAAGAUCGAGCACACUACCGACGAGCCUUCCAUUUCUAUCGAGCCGGAAUUGAAAAGAUGCUUAUUGGAGUGCGAUCGGACUCUGACGCACAAAGACGUACUUUAAUUAAACGGAAGAUCAGCAAGUAUCUGUCAUACGCCGAGUCAAUAUAUAAAAACCAUCUGGGCGACGCUGAUGAGAACUUACUAUCGGAGCCCGAGGAGGUGGAGUCCCUUGCACUGUGUCCGCCUCCCAUAUCGAUGCUGCGGAGACCGUACGAGGAUCUGUCACUGUACCGAGUGUUGGACGUGCUGGGAUCUAGUGUGAUGCUGGUUCUGCACCGUACUGAGCAGACAUGCUACGCUAUGAAGGUCGUACGAAAAAUUCCUCACAACUUAACAGAAUUCGACGAAUAUUUUCUACAAAGGACAAACGAAACCCGCCAACCUAUUCUACCCACAUUAAUACCGUACAUGGUGCCACUACACGCGUACAUAGAGACAAGCAAUUUAAUAUUUCUAAUAUUAUCUUAUGCACCCGGAAAGAAGCUUUUUGACUACAUCAAAGACUACACCAAAUCCCUACCAACUACGCCGAAUAGAGAAGUGAACCUAGAGAACGUUUUCACAGAACCAUCAAAACAGAAGAAAAGCGAUAUAGCGAAUGAUAACAUCGAUGAAGUAGAUUCGAUAUCAAAAAUAGAUUCUAGCAUCGGUAAUAUACAAGAUGUCAAUGAAAACAUAGAAGUGAAGACUGAUCGUUUAGAUAAUGCAGAGCUAUCUGUAAAUGAGCUGGUGAUCAACUCGCAAAAAUUGCUACAAAAUGUUGAUAAAGUAUUGACUGAAGCUUCGAAGACUGAUGUUCAGAAACUUAAUAAGGAAGAAUAUGCAAAAAUAGAAAUAAUGGAAGAAGGAGGUAGAGUUAAUUCAAGAAGAGAUAUGGCUGAAGAAGAGAAAUCUAGAAUACCGCUAGUUAAUAAGACGCUGCCAGGCAGUGCGGCUUGUUGUUGGGCUUCGCAAUUACUUGUUGCGAUAGACUCCCUUCAUAACUGCGGGGUUGUUUGUAGAGAUCUGAACCCCAGAAACAUCCUGCUGGGCGACAGGGGCCAGAUCAUACUGACCUACUUCAUCUUCCACCCGGGCUUGGACAUGGCUCUCUCUAAGACCAAGACAAAAAAGGGGGAAUUGAAUCUCUAUGUAGCGCCGGAAUUGUAUAGGGAUGCCUUUAUCGACGCGGAAAGGGACGAGGCUUUGGAUAAAGUCUGCGAUUUUUGGAGCUAUGGUGCUAUUUUAUAUGAACUGCUGUGUGGAGUGCCGCUGUCUUUCUAUCAUCGGAGCACAUUUACGAGCCACACAAUACUUCAGUUGCCCGAUGGCUUGCCAUUGGAGAUCCAGUCUAUACUUACUCAGCUGUUAACCUACGAUCCCUCACAGAGACUGGGCGGGGGCAAAGAAGGUGUUGAAGAAAUUAAACAGCACCCAUACUUCAAUAACAUUAACUGGUCCCAGGUCUAUAAAACCUGGACUGUGCCACGAUGA